AUGAACGACUUUGACGAGUGUGGCCCGAGCGCAGCCAGCAUGUACCUGCCGGGCUGCGCCUACUAUGUGGCCCCAUCGGACUUCGCCAGCAAGCCGUCGUUCCUGUCGCAACCGUCGUCCUGCCAGAUGACUUUCCCCUACUCUUCCAACCUGGCGCCGCACGUCCAGCCGGUGCGCGAAGUGGCCUUUCGCGACUACGGCCUGGAGCGCCGGGAGCUGCUCCCGCCCGCGGGCCGCCGGCCGGACGUGCUCUUCAAGGCUCCCGAGCCCGUGUGUGCGGCGCCGGGGCCGCCGCACGGUCCUGCAGGAGCUGCCUCCAACUUCUACAGCGCCGUGGGCCGCAACGGCAUCCUGCCUCAGGGCUUCGACCAGUUCUAUGAGGCUGCUCCCGGGCCCCCGUUCGCCGGCCCGCAGCCCCCUCCGCCGCCCGCACCGCCGCAGCCCGAGGGUGCUGCAGACAAGGGCGACCCCAAGACAGGGGCCGGCGGCGGCGGCGGCGGCGGCGGCGGGGGCAGUCCUUGUGCCAAGACGACCCCAGGCUCGGAGCCCAAGGGGACAGCAGAAGGCGGUGCCGAGGGGCCCCCGGGGGAGGCGGGGGCUGAGAAGAGCGGCGGCACAGUGGCCCCCCAGCGGUCCCGGAAAAAACGCUGUCCCUACACCAAGUACCAGAUCCGCGAACUGGAACGCGAGUUUUUCUUUAACGUGUACAUAAACAAAGAGAAAAGACUCCAACUCUCUCGGAUGCUCAACCUCACUGACCGGCAAGUCAAAAUCUGGUUCCAGAAUCGCAGAAUGAAAGAAAAGAAACUGAACAGAGACCGUCUGCAGUAUUUCACUGGAAAUCCCUUAUUUUGAGAGCUCCAGGAAGCACCCCUCCCCUGACUCCCACUCACCCACCCUCCUCCCCACCAGCCUGCCCUGGGCAGGAUCUAUGUCCUUGGGUUUAAUGACGCCUCUUCUCUGUGGAACUCCACGAUUCCUUCCCACGGUCAACUCGGGACCUCCCAGCGACCACUGCAGCCUGCGGACGAGGCCGGGGACUUGGCCGAACGGAUCCUAAUAAGGGGAAAAAUGAGGAAAUCAAGUCUGAUACUCCAACCAGCAAUUGGCUCACAGCAAAGAGUGGCAGAAAGAAGAGGUGCCCUUACACUAAGCACCA